AUGAAAAAAAAUUAAAAAAAUGUACUAAUUAGAUCGUCUAUGCACUCACCUUCUAAUUAUGAUUCUAAGCCUUCUACUUAAAUCCCGAGGAAUCGCUCUAGCAAUUAAUUUGAGGAAGCCGAUCCAACUUCUAAAGGAGAUAGAAAAAUCAUUAGAAUGAGAAAUGUAGUUGAUUUAGGGGAUGGUGGAGAUUUUACACAUAAACCAUCAUCAUAACAUCAUAGAAAAUAAAAUUAUGAUGAAAAUAAUUACUUACUUGAGUAAUUAGAUUAAUGGCAUGAGCAAAUCAUUUCGAAUAGAAAAACCUUCGCUUUUGAGUAGAUCAAAUAAAAUGACAAUAAAUUAAUAGACAAUGAGUUUAAUAAUGAUGGAGGACCAUAAAUUAAUCAAGCCAUCAUAAACUCUAUCAUGAAACCUUAAGAAAAGCAAUAGUAAAAAAUUCAAUAACAGGAUGAAGAAUAAAAUGCUUAAGUCUAAGUUAAGUUUUAGAUGUUGAGGCCAAAUAGAGAUUCAAACAAUCCCGUCCUUAAAACUCUCGAUUAAGUUAGAAUUGAAAUGAAUAAAUAAAUCUUAAAUUCAUUAUUAUUGCAAAAAGUCACUAAGAAAUUAGAUGAUCUAAAAAUCAAUAGAAGGUCAAAAUCUAAUUGGAAUUUACAAAAACUUGAUGAAGAAACUGCGCAAGUUGUGAGAGAACAAUCACAAGCCUUAAAAAUUUCUACUCUAAAUAAUUUUAAAGGUUUAACUGAAUAUUUUAGCAACCCAGCAUAAUAUAUAGAUUAUGAUGUUGUGCUAUCUAAAGCCAAAUACUAUAGUAAUAAGCCUUCAAAUUAAUUUCAAGUCGAGCUAAUUUAAACUGGUUAAUAGACAUCCUCAUCAGCUAAACAACUUAUGGACUCCUACUAAUAAUUUUAAACUUAAAUCAAUAACAACAAAUAAAUACUCUAUCAAAUGAGACUAGACAACAAUCAAUAAGUCUAAUAGAUUAACAAACACGAAGAGGAGAUUAGCGAAAUUCGAAGAAAAUAUUACGCAAAGGAAGAAAAAGCAAGACUAGGCUAUAUUCCUGAUUAAGAGGGUAAGAAGAGGAAUUUGAUGGACAUAGUUGAGAAGAUUAGGUAGUAAAGGGAAUUAGAGAUUAGAAAUAUCUAAAAGGUUAUUACAUAAAUAAAGGAAGAAAUUCAUAAAAAUAAUGAAAAAUAAUAGAUUCUUUAAAAGGAUUUAGAUGAGCAUAGACAAAAAAAGAGAAGAUGUAAAAUGCUUUUGAAAGAUAUUUUUUUGAAAUAACUCUAAGAAGCAAAUGAAUCUUUAGUUCCGGAGGGAGUAGUCUCAAUAAUUAAGAAUAUGAGAAAAAUAAAUGAAAAUGCAAAGAUAGAUCAAUUUCCUCGUUAUCUUGAUGACACUUCAAGAAAUUAUCUAUUGUAGGCUGCUUAGCUUGAAAUUGAUAUUGAAGAAACCAGAUUACUAGCACAAAAAUUACUUCCUGCAACUUCCAAUCUCAAAAGCAGCUAAUCAUCGAAAACCUUAUUUCAAUCUCAACCAAUAAGUGUGUUUCAAUUAAAAAACUAAGUAAAAACAAUGUUAAAGAAAAGCAAAGUUUCUAUUAAGAAACCAGUUUUCGUAUAAGGUAUUGAUCCUCUCAACCCUUCUUCUUUUGCUCAUGUCAUCAAAUGGGAAAAUUAAGAAUUGGAAUCUCUAAAUCCACACGAAAAAGAGGAAUCUAAUUUCAAAUUAUAAAAUUUACCAAGCGAAGUUAAUUUGCUGACUAAGGAUUACAAUUAAAAGUUAGUUCAAUUAUAAUAGUAAUUAGAAUAAUUACAAAAGGUUGAAUAAGAAAGGAUACUUAGACUAUAUUAAAAUAAGCGUCACUUAUCAGAUGUUUAAGAAUUAAAGUUUGUUCUGUAUUCAUUAUUUGGAUAAAUCAUUGGGGACUAGAUUUGGUAUGAUUUCGUCAUAGAAUGGACAGAAUAGAAAUAAUUGAAUCCCCAGUAGAUAUUAAAAAAGGAGACUGAACAAAAAUAAAAUGAAAAAGGAUAGAAUAAAGAAAUAAAUGAAAAAAUUAAGGAGAGAAUAGCAAGUACUUAUCGCAAAUUGCAAUAAAGCAAUGAAAUUGACUACAAUUUUAAUAUUAUAGAUUGA